AUGGAUGGUCUCUCGGUCGGGAUCAGACGCUCUGCGUUUGAGAAGCUUGCAGCUUUGGCCGUGAAGUCUUCCCCCAACGACGAUGGUUCGGACCUCGCUCGCCUGGCCAAACAAACUCGGCUAGCUCGCCAGCCCGAUGGCGCUCUGAACGGAGUUUUGAAGGAUCAGGCUCCGACAUCUCGGGUCCCAAUGGGGAUUCGCGAACUCGAUGUCCUGCUAGCCCUGUGCAAGGCGGCCUCGUCCGUGAAUGAUCCAGAACAUGCCUCCCGAUUGGUCACUCAGUUGUCCCGAUACUUGCCAGAGUCCCCAAGCCAGCUGUUUCGGCCGUCGCCGUUCCUCCAUGAUGUCAAGCCAUCGCCUUGGGAAACCCUGUCCCACAGCUUGACCACAGCGCUCCUGUCGCUGGCCACCAAGUAUUCAUCCUUGCGCAAAGGGAUUCUGAAUGCGGUCAGCGGAUAUCUCAAAAACUGCUCCGACGCCAUCAAUGCAGUGACCCCGUUCCAGUACUCUUCGUCUGAACCGGGAGGACGAGGGGUGGUGCACGAAUCCAUCGCUGUCUUAUCAAUUGCGGUGUCUUUGGUUGGAUUUCUGGAAGCCUCUGCGAAGUACACUGUUAUCUGGACUGCGGGGGAGAAGCUGCAAAUUAUCGACCAUCUACGGUCAAUGCUCUCGGAAUCGUUUAUGAUUGCCGUUGAGACGGCUUCAUCGACUGUUCGCAAUGCCAGCCUCUCUGACAAUUAUAUCAAGGAUUGGAGGAAGUAUUCUAGACGAUAUGCAGCCCACGGGCGCCCACUGGGUGCCAUGCUAGUUCAAGAGGGUUUCAUGCGCUUUGUGAAGUCAUGCGCAGCAUCCCUGAUCGGGUCUCAGAACUUGUCCGAUGAUGAGCUUCUGGACGAGUACAUGGCUGGUGUCGGAAUUGCAAAGAGCUACAAUGAGGCAGACAUCGCUCUGAUCGAGCGGGUGACCGAGCUGAUUAGCGAGGAGAUCAAUUUGCUCGAGGACGGAUCGGAUUACCUGCAGGUUGGACCGCCUUCCCAGCAGCGGUUGGCCUUCUCGGUGAAGGGAAAUGCCCUGAUCGGCUUCCUGAACUGCGUUGUCCUCGGUGAAGAUGCUGCCAAUAAUGAUAUCCUUCUGUCCUGGCUCGAGAAUACGGUGGGCGAUCCCCAGCAGAUGGCGUGUGACGAGCUAGCCAUCACUGCGCUCAAGUGCACGGCGAUUCUCGCCAGGAUGUCUUCGAAUGGCGCAACGCUCGGAAGACGCUGCCUUUUGAAAUACUUAGUGCAGGGUGGUGCCUCAAAGGGCUCCGUCGUCGCUGUCGCUUCCCGAUGCCUCGCCCAAAUCCUGAGCAUUCUUUCCGAAGACUCUGUGAUUGCAACAUUGUACUCUUUGGGGAAUUCGUUAAGCCCCGGUCCUAUCGCAGAUCAAUCAGCCCAAAAUCACCUCCUUGGCGAUUCCACUGGACCCACAGGCAAUCUGGUGGCUUAUGCGCAGGUAGGAAACGCAAGCCAAACGACUAUCUCGGCCGUUGGUGAGGAAGAAACCCUUACCAACCGAAAUGUCGUCCAUGCCAUCGUGGUCAUUGCGACGAGUUGCAACGAUGACAAGAUUAGUGCUCUUGCACAGUCCAUGCUUCUCCAAAAGGUUGGCAAAAUUAAUGUCUCGGUAGACGCUUUCAUCAUCCAGGAAGCUGCCGUUCUUGCUCUGAGUAGCGGGCAAGCCGAGUUUUUAUUGUUGUUGAAGUUCUAUACCCGAAUUUACCUUGAUGGAGUCCACAGGGGUCUGUAUAUGAUCACGGAUGCUGUUCAAUGUGCCAUGUCAUACCUCUCCGUGACUCUAAACCGCCUCUCUCCACUUUACCGACUCUAUCUGACUCAUUUAUUGGAGAGUAUUGUCAACAAGGGCGAUAUCCCGGACGUUGGUGAGACUGAACGCCACGGAGAGCUUGUCUUCGCUCCUGGUGACAUUACGCCUCUCUUGAAACCGCUGGCAUUGCUGGUAUCUUCCAAGAGGACAUAUACGGAAAUUUGCCAUCUUACCUUGGGCUACGAUGAUGCCACCUGCUCUUUGUUCCGGGAUGCCUGGUUUAAUAUCGCCAUCCAUGGAAUAUCACUCAAUUCGAGCGUUGGCCAGAAGCACCUCAAGGAACUCAGUCUGCUCGCGAGUCAUUCCCCGCCACUAGUGGCCGAGGAGCGUAUGGAGUCUCUCGAGAGUGAUGUGGAGCUCAACACCGUGCUCAGGAGGGGCAUGGGACCGCAGCGGAUACUGGAGCAGAAACGCACGCUCAUCGCGGAGCUUCCUGGCCGAGAAUCCGACAUCAAGCGCCUAGACUACCCCAGAUCAGUAUUUCUCAAUGCUGUUUUGUUGGUUGAAAGCCUCCGCUCAUCGUCAGGGGACUGCACCAAAAUCCUCAGCUACUUCCGCGAUCCGGCCGUGGCUGCUCCCGAGAUGGUCAUCUGCAUGAAUGCUGUUGCUGACAAGGUUGUGACUUGCUAUCUCUCACGCACUCUUUCAGGCGAUUACGAUGAUUUCUCGGCUUCCUACCUGGCGAAGCAGCUGGCUGAGUUUCUCACAGCUUGCUGCCAUCGCAUUGAGAGAAUUCAACAUAUAGCGACACAAUGUACCGACAAGAUCAUCCGCGAAUGCCCUUCGGCCCUUUGCGAGAAGCAUUCGCUCUUCGCUCUACUUGAGAUACUGACUGUGAUGUGGUCAUCUUGCCUCCAAGGCGAAAUCGAUGAGUUCGAAUGGAAGCCAUUCCUGAUUUCUCCGAUGGGCAUCGUGAAGGUCGAUUUGCCUGAUAAUUAUGCCCUGCGAAAAGCCACCUUGAAUCGGUUCCUCGAGCGAGCUAGAACAUGGGUCACGACUGUCUUGAACAUUGCCCCGCUGGAUAUCAAAGGACUGUUGCAGACUUACCUCUCCGGAUAUGAUGACGACGGUGGCUAUGGACAUAUCUCUCUGGGCCGUUCCUUCGCUCUUGAGAUGGGUUCCCUCAUCCCACACAGCGACCCCCGCCUUGGAUCCAUCGAUACCUACGAUAGUGGAAUCAAUAUUGCAUCGGACUUUAUGGCUCUAUACACGACACGCCAGAAGUAUCGUCGUCCGGAUAUCUCAUUGCUCGACAGUUCAGAUAGCCAGGUCUUUGGGAUUGGCGGCCGCAAGCCCGAAGCGGACUUUUCGCCCGAGACUGCUAACAGCCUUGAAUACUCUCUCGCUCGCCUUUAUGGGCGUAGCAUGAAGGGAGACGAUAUUCCUCUCGGCGAGGUGAGGGAUGCUCUACGGCAAGCCGCGCGUCUGAUUUGCAGCAGUAGUAACCCUCGACUAUCUGUUGUCCACUACCUGGUUGCUUUGCCCUUCCAAAUCUUCACUAAGGAAACGAUCAAGCUGGGAGUCUCUUUGUGGCUUGGUGUCAUUCAUGAGAACCCUAACGUCGAGCCACGCAUCCUGGCACACGUAGUUGAGGCCUGGGAAAGAAGUAUCCAGCGACGCCAAGGCUUGUUUGAUCCGACCUUCGAGUAUGAACCUCUCCCUUUUGAUCCAAUUCCCCUCGCUCCCCCUCCCUGCUUCGAGGCGCCUAAAGAUACUAAUUAUCUUAGAUACUUGGACCCAAUGCAGACCAAGAUUGAACUGCUGCCCACGGACAAAGGAGCGAUGCUUAAGAAACAAGAAGACGCGCAAAACACACUUUCGCCACACUUGCGCGUCCUCCAGUUCUUUGAGAGCCAUUUUAGUGCCGUUCGCCUGGGCAACCUCCAGGACCAGCAGCUGUUCUGUCGCUUGAUCAGCAGUACGCUGGUGGCACUCACCAAGACCCUAGGCCACCCAUUGGCUAGGGAGAUCCACUUCCGCACUGUACUAUUUGGCCUGCGCAUCUUGCAGCAUCUGAGCCCCCGAAAUGGUGCCGCAUCUUGGAAGCUCAAGGAUCAGAUUCUGUCCGCUGCCCUGAGCUGGUUCAAGCAUACUCCAAGGUGGUCAUUCGGCGGUAAUCGAUUGCUGAUCAAGGCCGAAGACAAGAUUCUCGGUGAUGUGCUAUCCACUCUGCGGAGUGUUGCGGAUAUUGCUGUUCAAGCCCGGGGCUCAUGUAAAUCCCUGCAGGCCAAACAAGAAUUGAUGCAAAUUCUCAUCGAGAACGAGAGGUCGCGUCUUCGGGUUUGGCUGUUCCCCUUGGAGCCUGAGCGGAAGCACCACAUGUCCUCGAUUGGUGGCAAGAACUCUACGGAUGGUGUUGCAUCCUACCUGAGACUUGCGUGGGCAGAGAGUCCGGGGCUGGCCAUUCAACUGGCUGUCCGAUUCCCGUCGAUCAAAAUGCAGACUGAGAUUCGGUGGUUGGUCCUCAAUUUCCCCGAAAAGGCCAUUCGCGAGCCGAGCGCUUUGGAGGUCAUGUUCGACUCGUCUCUGCAGCCUGAUGUUAACUUCCAGCUGAAGUAUUUGUUGUUCUGGGCGCCUGUCAAUCCGACUGAGGCGCUUACGUACUUCCUCCCGGCUUAUGGAAACCACCCGUUCAUUCUUCAGUAUGCUAUGCGAGCUCUGGAGAGUCAUUCCAUUGAUGUUCGUUUCUACAUUGUGCCGCAACUAGUUCAGGCUCUUCGGUACGAUGCUCUGGGCUAUGUUGAGCGCUAUAUCCUUGAGACAGCGAAGCAGUCCCAGCUCUUCGCACACCAGGUAAUUUGGAACAUGAAGGCCAACUCCUACAAGGACGAGGAUUCGCAGAUCCCGGAUCCAAUCAAGCCAACCCUGGAUCGAUUCAUGGAGGCUUUGAUCUCAAGCUUCUCGAUCGAAGAGCGCGCCUUCUACGAACGGGAAUUUUCAUUCUUCAACGAAAUCACCGGCAUCUCUGGUAAGCUUCGGCCAUAUAUCAAGCGGAGCAAGCCAGAGAAGAAGGAAAAGAUUGAAGAGGAGCUGCGCAAAAUCAAGGUGGAGGUCGGCGUGUACCUACCUAGUAACCCCGACGGCGUAGUUGUCGGAAUUGACCGCAAGUCGGGCAAGCCGCUGCAGAGUCACGCCAAGGCGCCGUACAUGGCGACCUUCCGGAUUCAAAAGACUCGCCCCCGUCAGGAGGGCAAGGGUGACUCGGCCAAGGCUGGAGCUCACGGGUCUGACCAGCGUCAGCUGGCGACUCGUGGGUCCAUGUCUGACCAAGAGACCUACGAGGUUUGGCAAUCAGCUAUCUUCAAGGUCGGCGAUGACUGCCGACAGGACAUGCUCGCCCUGCAGAUGAUCGCGGCCUUCCGCAGCAUUUUCUCCAGCGUCGGGCUGGACGUGUGGGUGUUCCCUUACCGGGUGACCUCGACGGCGCCGGGGUGCGGAGUGAUCGACGUGCUGCCGAACUCGAUCUCCCGCGACAUGCUCGGCCGCGAGGCCGUUAACGGGCUGUACGACUACUUCGUUUCCAAGUACGGCGGCGAGGACUCGAUCCGGUUCCAGGAGGCACGCACCAAUUUCGUCAAGAGCAUGGCCGCAUACUCGGUGAUCUCGUAUCUGCUGCAGUUCAAAGACCGGCACAACGGCAACAUCAUGGUGGACGACGCCGGGCACAUCAUCCACAUCGACUUCGGAUUUUGCUUCGAUAUCGCCCCCGGCGGAGUGCGUUUCGAGCGGGCACCGUUCAAGCUCACCUCCGAGAUGGUGGCGGUGAUGAGCGGCACGCAUAACCCAACGCACCAUCCGAGCGGGACAUCCGGGAUCAGCCUGCCAGGGAGCAACUCACACAACCCAACGAGCACGCAGCCGUACCGGUGGUUCGAGUCGCUGGUGGUGAAGGCGUUCCUAGCGUCGCGGCCGUACACCACGAAGCUGGCGCACAUUGUAUCGCUAAUGCUCGACAGCGGGCUGCCAUGCUUCAAGCCGGAGACGCUGAAGAACUUCCGGGACCGAUUCGUGCUGGAUAAGAGCGAGCGCGACGCAGCGGAGUACAUGCGGGAGCUGGUGCGCAAGUCGUACAUGAGCGUGUCGACCAAGGGAUACGAUCAGUUCCAGCUGAUGACCAACGGCAUUCCGUACUGA